AUGGAUGGCGCGGAGCGAUGGAUUCCCCAACACGGCAGAAAGCGCCACGCUGAUGGUGACCCGGAUGGCGCACAGCCUUUAGCAAAGAGAUUCGGGUAUCUUCAUAUAGGAAACCCGUUUGACACGGAACCCCGUGAUGGCCCGAAUGGAUUCAAGAGCAACACCCUGUCUCAUGUGUCAACGACGGCUUCGGCUACAUCGCUUCCAGUUACGUCUCCAGCGACGUCUGCUCAUGACAGCGCUACAUUCGCAUGGACGGUGCCGACCUCGACGACUGGCACAGGCAGUGGACCUUCGGCUCCAUCCGAUGCGAUGAUGCUGGAUGAUACCCCACACACAACAUACAUCCAUGAUUUAGACCGAGAGCUGGCCGAUAUAGAUGUGACUGAGGGGCCUUUUGUCAUACUACCUCUUGCGGCCAAGAUGCUCGCGGUACCAGAAUCGGUUCUAGCAGGCCCCUCUCAGGGUAAGGAACUGGUCCUCUAUUCGGACCCAUCGUCCCUCUCGGUGCCAAGAGAGCAUGAUAGCGUGAGAAAGGCUAUUCUCGAGUCUAGAGCGAGGGCAAGGAAGAGAAGUUUGACUGGGCAAACGACGAGUGAUCGUCUAUUGUCACCACCACAAGAUGUGGCCCCCCUGCCUGCGAGCACGCCCACACCGGACGACACACGACCCCUCAAUUAUGGCGAUGAUCUCGACGCGAUGGAAAUUGAAGAUAUCUCCUAG